GCAAAAGACAUUAAUAAACGUUUGGGAAACCAUGGCCAAUCCAGGGUUGAAGAAAUCAAAAUCAUUCGUCUCAAAGAAAUCUCCCUCUGUAAAAAUAAUAUCCUCGCCAAAUCCAAAUGAAGGAGAUGAGAUUGUCCAUUUCAGUCACCCACAACACCCCCUAGCGCAAGUUCACUUGCCCUUCGUCUUCACGUGCAUGGGUUGCAAGGAAUACGGCGCGGGAACGAGGUUCCAAUGCCUAACAUGCAACUUUAAUCUACACGACUUUUGCGCCUUUUCCCCUCCAUCCAUACAAAGUCACCCUCUUCACAGCCAACACCAGCUUAUUUUCUAUGCCAAACCCAGUGGGUUUCUGCGGUCGAAAUGUGAAACGUGCAGCAAGGCCACUAAAGGAUUUGCGUUCCGGUGCAUCACAUGUAAUGUUGAGAUGCACCCCUGUUGCACCAUGCUCUAUCCCCAAAUGGAUUUCCCUGCGCAUCCACACACCAUGAUUCUCUUACCUGCAUCGGCAAUCCCAAGUGGCGAUUCUAGUUUCUUUUGUGGCGAGUGCCAGAGGAAGCGAUCAGGGCGAGUCUAUUAUUGCGCCAUUUGCAACUACUAUAUUCAUGCUGUUUGCGCCAAAGACAUGGUCAAUGGGCUCUAUGUGCAUGGGUUAAAGGCUCCAAAAAGUCCCAGCAUGCUAGAGGCCGCAACCCGGAUUGCAACUCAUGCUGUUAGGGAAUUUUUAGAUGGGCUGAUUGAGGGGAUUGGAGAAAGUGUUGGAGGAGCUAUAAUUGAUAAUUUUGAUAGGGAUAAGGGUGGGGAAACAAAAUCUAAAUAAGAAAAUGUUGGAGGUGUUUGUUUAUAAGAUUUGUGUGUGAGUGUCUUGUGAUCUUUGGAAGAUAUGUUGUGUGGUCAUAUUGGUGUUUAUAGGUUCAUGGGAUUGGUUAUUAUAACCUCAACAUUAUGAUGUUGUGUUACGUUACCAAGAGAAAUGCUAAGAUGUAAAACUUGUGAU